AUGGCAAAGCUUCUCAACUCUUUCCCUGUGCUCCACCCCACCCCCUCCACCCUCACCCUCAGCCUCAACAACAGUAACACAGCAUUCUUCCUCACUGAGAUCAGGCUGUCUGGCAUUUCACUGGAGCUGUGGGGGCCCAAGCCACAUGUCAGCGGGCAGAGGUUCGAAUGGGGCGAGGAAGUGGAAACAGCUCUUGGCAUCCUGGCAUCUCCAUCUCCCACGUUCCUGCUGAACUUUCUGGGCUUGUGGAGCCGGCUAUGCAAACAAUGGUUCCCCCACUUCAUGCAGAGGUUCACCGUGAUAUACAAUGAGCAGAUGGCAGGCAAGAAGCACGAGCUCUUCAGCAACCUGCAGGAUUUUGUGGGCCCCUCCGGGACGCUCUCCCUGCUGGAGGUAGGCUGCGGCACCAGGGCCAACUUCACGUUCUACCCACCAGGAUUCAGGGUGACUUGUAUUGACCCCAACCCAAACUUUGAGAAGUUCUUGAUCAAGAGCGUUGCGGAGAACCGACACCUGCAGUUCGAGCGCUUCGUGGUGGCUGCGGGAGAGAACAUGUCGCAGGUGGCCGAUGGCUCCAUGGACGUGGUGGUCUGCACCCUGGUCCCAUGCUCGGUGAAGAGCCAGGAGCAGAUGCUCCAGGAGGUGCGCAGAGUGCUGAGGCCAGUGAGUGAGGAGGAGGUAGGAGAGACCCAUCUUCACUGCAUGCUAUGCAGGCUGGACACCUGUGGGCUUCAGGCCAGCUUCCACUAAGGGUGACCUUAGGCAAGUCCCUUCACUUGUUCCUUUAACCACUUACAUAUUCAAUAAACAUUUGGUUGGGGCACCUGUGUGGCUCAGGCGGUUAAGCAUCUGCCUUCUGCUCAGGUCAUGAUCCCAGGGUCCUGGGAUCGAGC